CUCAGCCUGUUCUGCUAAUAUCUUGGACAAGGUAUCAAAUUCCAGUUGUCUAGUGGAAUGCAAAUUGGUCAAAGUCCCUGAUGUACUUUCAGUUUAUAUGCAGGUGUCUUUGCAGAAAUGCUACCCAGCAAAAUUGGGCAGCAGCUGGGUCACCCCACUCAGUCUCUGCUCGGAUGGAUGGUGAAAAGAUUCCUUCUCUGGCACAACGAGGUGCUGGAGAAGAAUGCUGUGAGGCUGUGUGGGAUCCAGCCGGAUGACACGGUCCUGGAGGUGGGGUUCGGACCAGGCCUGGGGCUGGAGUUCGCUGCCUCCCUCUUGUCUGGCACCAGGGGAAAGCUGUUUGGGGUGGACUAUUCAGAAUUCAUGUGCAAGUUAGCCAGCAAGAGGGUCCAGGGCCACAUUGCCAGUGGAAAAGUGACCCUGUAUCAUGACAGGGUAGAGUCCAUGCCUUUCCCCGACAGCACCGUGGACAAGGUCUUCCACUGCAACUGCUACUACUUCUGGCCUGACCUGAGGGCUGGGACUGCAGAGAUCCACAGGGUGAUGAAACCGGGAGGACAGAUGGUGACGACCCUUAUAACUCAUAGUGUGGAGAUUGCAGCGUCCUUGAAGAUCCUUUCAGGAGAGAACUGGCGCCCUGAGGUCUACAUGGAUGCCCUCCGAGCAACCGGGUUCACAGAUGUCCGAAUGGAGGACAAGAAGGAUAAACACAUAAUUUACCAAGCAAUAUUUGCCACUGCCUCCAAGUGAAUGAUGCCAGGCCUUUCAGAGUACAAAUAAUGUUCGGGACAGGCUUAGCAUUCAUCUGUUUCACCACUUUCUGAAAGCUUACUCCCUUAGAAACUGUGUGAGCCACCGUAUAUGCCAUUUCUGUUGCUAGGUAGUGAUUCUUAAUGGCAGUUAAUGGCCAUUUAAUAUCCAAAACAGUUAUCUGAUGCUAGUGAGCUAUAAUUAAGCUACAGAAGUACUCUUCGUAAUGCCAUUUCUCAAUUCCUGUCUACCUCUGUUAUACACAAGACUAUAUAUUUCAUAAUAAUACUGUUUACAUUAAUGCAAAUACUGUUCACCUAAUUACUAAAGUUGCUAUAUAAUAUGCUACCAGUCUGUAAUAUUGAUACUAUUUUGAGUGUUAACUAGUUCUACAGUAUAUUCUAUACAA